UUUCGGGCCAACACGCGGUUUAUUUCCGGAGACUCUCGCGUGUGCUUUUCCAAAGAUUUCCACCGGAAAAUAGCCCGGUUUGCUCUGUAAUGUGUUUGGAAGUGACCAAAAGUGUUAAUCGAGAAUCCAACGGGAAGCAGAUGGACCAUAAAAUGGAAGAAGCCCCGAACGAUGGGUUCCGCAUCCGGCGGGUAGCCGGCGGAUCGAUCGUGAGCCACCCACCGCUAUUUUCCGCCGAUGGAAAUCUACUGUUCGUCAUCAACGAAAAAGCGAUCCUCGCGUUCAGCGCCAACACGGGCGAAUUCGUUCGGAACUACGAGAACAACGUUACCGCUGGGCAGCUGGUCGGGUUGUGUGUUGACCAGAACGAGAGCAAAUACAUUUACGGCUGUACCAGCGAUGCACUGAUUUUGUGCUGGAAAGUAGGAUCUGGAGUGCUGCACGAAAAGUACGAGGUUCAACUAAGGAACGGGAUAUGCGUCGAAUCCUUCCACAUCAUGUACGACGGGUACGGUGGUUUCACUUUUUUGCUACACGGUCGGAUGGACCGAACAGUGGUGGCACAGUACUGUCCGCGGACGCGCAAAGUACUCCAACUGGUGUACCUCGCGAUUCACGAUAAAAAGGAUCAAGCCGAUAACUCGGUCGCAUCAAACAAAGGACAAUAUCUGAAAGUGCUAAUUGCCCCCGGAGGAGUUGGAUUAAACUUUUUCGCUUACGUUGGCGAGUUUCACUGGAACUGGGUUACUUUAAAGCCGCAACCUUUCUUCAGCACUCGACCACACGUUGGCCGAGUGAAGCCGGUGCUGGUGACCUGUCAUCCAACGGAGCCCAUCGUUGCCGUUGGUGAUAUGCUGGGUCGUAUAACACUGUACCGUGACUUCCUGGUCACUAGAUCGCCCGUGUACGAACAGUAUCACUGGCAUCCGCAUGCUGUGCAGUGUUUGGCAUUUACUGGCAGCGGAACCCACUUCUAUUCCGGCGGCUCGGAGCGUGUACUGGUCAAGUGGAAGAUUGGACAACACGAGAAGGCAGAUCUGGUACCGCGUGUCACUGAUAGCAUAGCGCAUGUUGCAGUUGGACCGGAAAAUCUCAAGAUUGCUCUCUGCACGUCCGACAACAGCAUCCGAGUGUUGAACGCUUUCCACAAACCGAUCGCAACAGUACAGAGUUUCUCAAAGAUAUCGAAUGACGUACCUGGGGCAGCCCUGUUCCCCAUAGGCCUGCGGACGAACCCGCGUACACAGGCAAUCGUACUGAACGGAAGAGUGGGAUGCAUUCAGUUCUUUUCAACCUACACCAACAGUCUGCUGUACACGCUGGACAUUACGCUGCGUAACUACAAUACGAAUGAAGAUCGGUCCAUAAUACACAACACUGUCGUGACGAACGUGGCAGUUAAUGCGCACUGGCUGGCCACAGUGGAACACUGGACCGACUAUCACAGCUCCACGGAAACUCGACUCAAGUUCUGGAAGUACGAUGAAUCGCGACAAACCUACUCGCUAAACACAAGCGUCGAAAAUGUCCACCUGGGAGGUGUGUGUGGUCUGGAGUUCUCUAAUCACGUGCGCGAACGAGAUGUGCAAUGUGCAUCGGCUGGAUUGCGGGAUAACCGUAUCAAACUGUGGUCGGUAGAAGAGGUUCAACAGACGGGCGGCACCGAUAAACUCGUGUGGUCAUGCACUGGUCUGGUGCAGUACCGAAACCUACCCGUUCGAUCGAUAUCAUUCUCACAGGAUUGUUCGCUGCUAGCGGCAGGUUUUGGGAACGUCCUGUGCGCUUGGAAUACGGACACACUAAAACUCAAGUGUGCUCUUUCCGCACCGGGUGGUUUCGAUGGGUGUGUGAAUCGUGUCGUGGUGACGAUUCCGGAGAGAAAGACAACCCCCAAAAAGCAAUCCAGCAGCCGCUACGAAGAGGCACGCCGUAAGAUCAUUGCCGAGAUGAUCGAGAUAAUGCAGGGUAAAACGGACAGUUCCAUCGUUCGGAAUGUAACCGACAAACGUCGUAAGAUGGGAUCCUCUCGUAUGCUUUCUGCGCGAAAGGAGGUGGAGGAUGGUGCACGAGACGAUAUAACGGAAACGCAGAAAAGCAUCAUUUUUCAAAAAAUCCAGGCCAGUAGCCUCUUGAAUAUCUUCAAAAAAGCCAGCCUUUUUAACUCGUUUGGAAUCGGCUGCAAAACGAGCAGCAACAUGAAGCGACGAAUCGAAGAGAAAUUGCUUGCCGCUAGCCGGACAUCCCGGAAGGCCGAAAGGCAACUGUAUGGACUUAUUGGAGGGUUAAGCACAGGCAGCCGGUAUCGCGCCCUGCAAAAGGUACACAACGUUGAGCGCUCCAAAUGCCCGUUCCGGUCCGGUGGAUUGAGACAUGUAUUUGCCAUCAAUGCCCGGGACGUGCAAAAGCAAGUUUCUCAGAAAGGCACCAGCAGCGAAAAUGGCGGAAAGGAUAUCGCUGUUCCAGUGAAAACUGCAGCACAGAUACGCAAUGUAUUGUUUUGCAAUGGACCGUACUCGCAUCUCGUGAUCGUUAGCACCGAAAACCGCUUAAUGGUAUGGAAUCUGCUGUCGCUCAAGCUCCAGGUAUCGGUGGCGCUCUCCAUCGAACGCAUAGCGUUAGAUCCUUUUACAAAUCUAAUUGCUACAUUCACGGACAACAACGAAUUGUACGUGUUUCUGCCGAACAUCCCUAUGCCAUUGUACCAUCGGGAACGUUUACCGAAGGUGUACGGAGCCGUCUGGAUACCGCGGCGCUACCCACGUUCUCAAUCAUUAAACGUCGAUUGGCAGGCAACGUCGCAGCUAUUUUUCCUCAAUGAAAAACAGGAGUUGCUGCAUCUAGUAUCUGAUCACGAUGAGGAAUCGCUUGGUCCAGUGAUGUGCAUGAAUGAAGCGGUACUGGGGCCAAACACACCUUUUGCUGCCAUGCUAGCAAAACAGUCCACCGGUAGUAACGUACAAACGAAUGUUCGUUCCGGCUUAACGAUCGGAACGCCUGGCAAAAGUGCAGUGAAAGAGAUAGUUUCCUCGUCUUCUCAUACGAUGGCCCCGGUAAGCUUGUUGUGUAAGGACUUCCUCCGAUCGUUGAUUGUUAGCGAGGAGAAGAGUGGGAAGGACAAUGACGGCGUACAUUCGGAGCGUCCCAUGCAGAACGGCGGUGCUGGUGAUGGCAGAAACCGUAAGGAAAGUGAAUCGGACAGUGGCUCAUCGGAUAAGGAUGACACGGAGGAGGUUCAAGGAGAUGAAGACACCGAAGCAACGGCAACGGGUCGACAACGGAAUCGUGCUCUUUUGAACGAAAAAAUUCAAUCGCGUAAGGCUGCCCUGGCCGUGGUAAAUCGUGCAAAGAAAACCUAUGCUGCCACUAGUUGUACCACCGGUGGGAAAGUUGAUUCAAAAUUGAGAGAACUUUUUGACGAACCGAUUGAUAUAUGUUUUUGAACAGAAAUGUAUCCUACUGAAAUCAAAUGUCCGAGUGUGUAAAGCAGGUUCUUUAUAAUAGAAUGUAGAUAUACGGUUAAACGCAAAUGUUUGUUUGUCCAACGACUUAAGACCCUUUAAAUUUGAAAAGUUUCAAUAAUAUUAUCAACAAUA